AUGAGUGAACGUCAGGCUAUUCCUGAGCGCCCUCCAGCAGCAAACAGCCCCUCUGUAACUCGUUUUAUUCGCUACGAACAUCUCGUGGCUGGCGUGUCAGGAGGCGUUACUUCGACUCUCGUUCUGCAUCCGUUGGACCUGAUAAAAAUUAGGUUUCAAGGUAAGGUGCAAUUAAUAACUUGGUUGUUUGUAAACGUGCAAAUGUAUUGCAAUUUUAAAUGUAAUGCUAUGCAACUGGCAUGAAUGUCGAAUCUAGGUUGUAACACUUCACGACAGACAUAAUUUUCUCCUAAAAGGUCACCUUGAGUUGGAUCAUGCCUUUCUUUAAGAUGGAGAUGAUAAGCUUGACUCUUGUCUUACACUGACGCACGUGGAAUCGUUCCAACUGUCAUUGCAAUUAUUAUAAUGUAUCUUCAUUUAUCACAUUUUCCCAAAAAUUAAAAUAUAAACAAUCUCCAUCCUGAACAUGGUACCACUCAAAAGUAUUAGUUACCACCCUCUCGCGAGACGAGAGUCUCAUCUUGGCUCUCGUAUCUCAAGUCGAGAGUCUUGUCUCCCAAGGCAAAAGUCUCGUCUAUUGAGUCGAGACUCGUUCAUCUUGCAAGAGGGUUGAAAAACUGUAAGCAUCAAAGGGUCUUUGGAAUGUUUAUGGACUUAAGGAUGAAAAUAAUUCUGUGUUCUGCUUUUCCGAUCAUGUCAUGCAUAUUAGACCUGCGAUUCAUGGAGUAAACUUUGAUGAAAGAAUAUGGUUGUCGUGUACGGUUUUACUUGAACCUUUUUAUGACAAAAAAAAAACAGCAUUGAAACUUUUCAAAGUGACUUUCUUUGUUUAGUAAAAACUGAUCAAACUAAGUCUCAAAACAGCUCAAAACAUAAUUAUUAACAAUUGGGCUACUUUAAAACGUAAACAAGGAGAAAUCAACCAAAUGAAUGACUGUAUUAAAUGUUUCAGCAUGUACUUUCUAGUAAUGCAGGAACAAUCCAAGAGUUCUUCAUUCCCUUCUAUCAAUCAAUAAGAGGGGUCAAAAUUUCUAUUGGUUUUCAUGAGAUACAAUGUAAAUACAUAAAAGAACAUGUUGACAAUGUUGGAUUGGUCAUUCUUUUAGCCAUCUUUCUACCGGUUUCAAAGCGAACAAAGUGAUGAAACAAAUGGCUUUCCCCUGGGUCGAGAGAAUGUUAUCAAAAUAAAGAGUGGGCGAAUAGUUGCCAUAAUCUCUGAUUGAACUUGGAAAUACCAAAAACUUUCCUCAGAUCCAAAUGUCAUGAAGGCCGGAAAGCAAACUCCAAAAUGCAAACAGGAAGGAAAUUUAUGUUGGGUAAACUUUUGAUCAAUUAUUGCAAGGCAAUGAAAACAAACCAAUUGAUCUGGUGUCAUUAAUGUUCAUUUCAAACCAACUCAGGGCACACAAAACAUAUCCACAAUGAAUUAUUUAUAAAUGCAAGCUGCAAGAAUCUCUUCCAGAAAAAUAUCCAUAACCCCCCUUUCUACGGGGUGGGUCAAUGGAAAUUCCUAGGGGGUGGGGGGACUAAAGAGUACAAAUUUUCGAAGGACACCACGGAGCGCGCAAGAACGAGGGCGGAGCGUGAGAAAGAAAAAUAAAGAAGGUCUAUUUUCUUAUUCCCCCACCACUACCCCCUUGUGCUGGCGGUCAAUAAAUCCCUUGCACUUUAUAUUUUAUCACCCGCGCUCAACGGACUUUGAAGAGAAAAUAGAGGGUCUGUGAACAGGCUAACAGACUUCUCACCAAAUCAACUUUUGCCCGAAAAUAUUAACGACCUGUCUCUUCUUUGUGGAGGAGACUUUCAACCACAUGCUAGGCAACGAAAUAGAUCAUGUCUCACCGAUGUUCAUUUCUGAACAUGAAUCGAUGUAAAUGUGGGACGCAAAAUGAAUGUUUACAUAUUUUGUUCUUUUAUAACCCAAACAGGUUUUUUUGUAAUUCCUGAAAUUGUAUAACUGCAAGUGUAAUUCAUUCAAAGUUAAACUUAACUACGAACAUCGAGAGAUUGACUUUGUGGUGACUUUAGGAGCUGAGGCCAAACAUUUAACGAUAAACUUUGUUUGUAAGUUAGUUUUCUAGUAGAUCUGUUUUGAAAUUCGAAUAUCUUCACAUAGUUUAAUGUUAAAUUAAUAGUUAACUUCGAACUUAUGCUGUAAAUGUUGCAUUUGAGAUGAAACUGACUUAGACAAGACGUCUACAUAGUGAAACUUGAUAACAGUACCAGAAAUCAACUUUGUCUGUAAGUAGAUUUGUCUCGAAAUUCGAAAAUGUUCACAUAGUUUUAUUUCAAUGAAUAAUUCAAAUUUAAAGUUAUGUUCUAAUUGUUUUCUUGAGAUGACAUGAACUUAUUAAUCUCUGUUUUCGUGCCUCGCGCAUUUCACUGGACAGACUAAUAAUAUAGACAGACUGCUGAUAGUCUAUUAAGCGUGCUGUACUUGCAUAAGAAAUACAUAUUGCCUUGUAAAAGAUUACAAAUUGGUCCAAGAUUAUAAAAAAUUGUGUCGUAAGAUGAGAACAGUUAAUUUUAAAUGGUACACGGUCGAUAAUCUCUAAAUGUGGCAAACUUGGGUGGUGGCUGGUUAUGUAUGACCCCUCUGGAACGGAAAUUCCGAGGGGGUGGGGGGGGGGGUCUAAUCGAAAGAACCAUCUGUUGGGGGGGGGGGUGUAUGGAUAUUUUCUGGAAUCACACAAUUUGCAUUCGCAGAGUCACUAAAAUUUCUUUGAUUAGGAACAGACAUACAACUUCUACAUGUAACUUGACACGUGCAAUUUUUUUGCCUUGGAUUUUUGCUGACUUUAGGACAGGACCAAAUUAGUUUAAAGAAGUUUAAAUUGUUUGUAAAAGAGAAAUAUUUCCAGACUGUUUAAAACUUUACUUAGGUUUCAAGCUUAAUCACGACAGCGCUUUGACAAGAGAGUUUCAAUUUUGUCAUUUUCUUUCUCAGUCGUAGAGAUGUUGAGUUUCUCUCAUAACAUAUUCCAAAAUUGAUGCUUAAGUGAUUCUCACAAGACGAUUCUCUUGUCUUUCAAGACACGACAUUUGUCUUUAGAGAUGAGACACUUGUCUCUUGAAAUGAGAAGCUCGUCUCGGAGACGCUCAUCUCAUGAGAAGUGAAACUAGACUGGUAACUUACUUCUAAUUUGAGCGGUACUGUACAUACAUACUCCAGAUUUCCUUCUCUUAAGAGAACCAAUGACUCAUAUCUGUACAUGUGAUGGGUUUUUCAAAUACAAAUCCUUCUAAUUUUCGGCAGCCGUUACGAUCGUUGCUUUUCUGAUACACAGCCAUACAGUACAUGAGAUAUACAAGUUACAUAAUUUUAAUUAUGCUCUUUCCGUUCCUGCUAACAUGAUCAGGGUGCGAAGAAAGUCAGUUUUACAGCCUGCCAUUUGGGCAAGCUGUAGCUAGCAUGUACUAGCCCACAAGUCACUUCAACCAGCCCCCAAACCCUUUUUGAUUAGCAGGAUUGAUUACAAUCCUUCUGUAAUUUGAAUUUCCCCAAAAAACAGCACUUGUCUCUUGGGCAAGUUAAGAGCAACACCAGCCCAAUAACAAAAUCCACUAGCCCACACCCAGGGCUAUCAGACACGACUCUCUUUGCACGCUGAUGAUUAUUCCAAAGUUAAGCCUUUGCAGAUUAAUCUAUUUACAGAAAGUUGAUCAGGUGACCAACUAUUCAAAAGGCCCAUGAUGAGCUAGAAAAUAGAAACAUGAUGGACUUGGAAAGAGAAGAAGAUAACAGGUCCUGUACAGCUGUACUUGACCCAAUCUGUGGUUCACAUCAUCUUCAUUAAAAUUAUGUUUCUUUUCAUUAAAUUAACAAUUAAUACAGACACUGUAAAUGAGGCUGAGUAUCUUAUGAAGAAUUAUGGAGAUCGAGGAGGGUGUUAUGGCCGAGGCGGAUAACACCCUUCUUGAUCUCCAUAAUUCUUCAGGUGAUACAAAAGCUGAAUUCAAUAAAUGUUUUAUUAUUCAUUGAAAAUAAUUCCUAGUUUAAAAACAUAGCUAAAACAUGCUUAUACCUCCAUCGAUCUUACGUUCAUUUUCGAUAGUGCACAUUUAGGGUUGUUCAGCUCCACAAAAUAAUAUUAUCUAAAUAGCAGGUGUCGCGCUUCGAGUUGUUUUCUUGCUGCUCUUACAUGUACCAUGUUUUUAGCUAUAAUUUCGCCUAGUUCUUACUCUUGAAACGAGUGAAAUGGCCGCCAUUUUUGUUUUCAUGACCAAAACAACUCAACCUUCUCCCCAGGUCUUCUCUGUUAAUGGUGCAUUAACCUGCAACAAAGCUGCACUUUUGACGUCACCAGUUGAUUAAUUGCACAAUUCUUCCAAAUUUGGUCGUCAGUAGCUGAUUAUGGUGAAUUAUGCGUGUGCUUUUAGCCAAUCAGAAUCAGGGAAAUAUUUUGAAUGAAUAAUAAUAUAUGGCUUAAGGUGAACUGCUCCCAAUGUACAGGUACAUGUACUGUGUUGUGUACUGCAGCACUAAGACAGCAAAGGAUUUGAAUCCGUUUGAAGUCCUUACAAUUUUUGGGCUUAAUUUGCUUUUAAUCCCUAUCUGCAUGUAGAAAACAAAAUAAUAAUUAUUUUAAAACAUUUAAUGUGACCGCUUCAUUUUUUAUCUGAAUGUUUUCAUUAAUAUUAUUAGUUAAUGAUGGCAGUGGGAAGUUGCCAGCAUACAGAGGUUUACUUGAUGCAGUGCAGUCCAUUGUCAGAACUGGGGGUUUAAAGGGGUUAUACCAGGUUAGUAAAUUUUAUAGUAAAAAGAACCUUGUGUUUGAAGACUGGUUUGUUUAAAGUUUUGAUUCAUCAUGAAAAAAUUCAGAUUUUUUUAUACUUUUCUGAAGUUGGUAAGCUUACAUGUAGCAGUGAAUUCAGCAAGGAAGAAUCAUUCUCAUUUUGGGAAUUUUGAACAAUCAUUCCAUAAUUAUGCAACUGUUAAGGGUUAACUUUACAUUGUAUUAUUAGUUACACACCAAAACACCAGCAUGCAACAACAUGGUCAGUGAAGGUCACCACCCCUUGUGCCCCCUUCCGGUCACGCUUCUGCUAGCGUUCCAUUCUCUGUGUGCAAUCCAAAUAGAGAAGACUUCACACAAGUUAGUUCCCAAAGUACAACAGUGAAGACUUUCUGCCAAUAAACAAAGUUUUUGACAAAAAAAGCUAUAAGAUUAUCAGCUAACCUAUUUAGCUCACCUUUCUUUCCUUUCCUUUUCUUUUUUUUAAUGAUAAUGAGUACAAGUUAUUUUUUUUAUGAAUUCCAGGGUGUGACACCGAAUGUAUGGGGUAAUGGGUCUGCAUGGGGACUGUACUUUUUCAGGUAAGUGAUUAGAACAGGCAACAAAACAAUAUUUUCUGCAGAAUUCUUUGUUUUGAACCUUCAUUAGAAUUUAUGUACAUGUAUAUUUAACUGCACAUUACUGGGUGUAUACAAAUUGAGCAGCUAGGAGGUUCUUUUCUGUGUUUUUUCUUCUUCCCUAUCUGUUUGAGUUCCUACUGCUCCUAUUUUCUUCUCUGUUAAAUUUGUACAUUUGUAUACUUUAGUAGCAAGGGCAAAAACCCAGCACUUGGGAUCCCGGCCAAGGUGGAAUCAAGCAUGGAUUGAAACGACAGAACCUUCUCGUUAGUUUUUAAGGCCGUGGUUUUAAAGAGCGUUUAAACUAGGUUUUUUUUAUGAGGUUUUGCUGUUUGUGUAAGAAAGAAUUUUAAAGGCGUGAGCUAAGAAGCUAUUUUGUGCCAUGUAUCAGGUCUUAUUUAUUUUUAAGUAGUUUUUGGUUUCUUCAUACAGUUAUAACAUUUUAAAAGCUUGGAUGCAGAAGGACUCAGAUAAGCCUCUUGGAGCAGAGAAACAUCUUCUUGCUGGGACUAUAGCAGGUACAUGUAACACAACUCUCGCACCACAAUUAGUGCAAAACUUCGCCGCCCGCGUAUUAACAGAUACUAAAAAGUUUAAUCACAUCUCCUUUUCUUUGGGAAUUAGGGUGGGCCUCCAUCAAAGAUCAGCUAUUAGUCCGUGAUACUACCCAAGUACGCAAAAUUGUUAAUAGCCUCGCUCCGUUGUACUUGAGUAGUAAACUCAGUAGGCGAUCAGACGUGCACCACUACAACUCGAGGAAAAGGGACAAUCUAAAUCUCCCUCUGUGCAGAACAGUUACUGCGUAACGGUCAUUUUACUAUCUCGCUGUAAGUGCCUGGAACUCUCUGACUGAAGACACUAGAAACAGCCCGUCACUAUGUACCUUUAAGAGGAGCGUCUAACGCGAAUUGCGGGAGCAGACCCCAUACGUUAAAUAGUUAAUAUUUGAUUUAGUUUAGCUCUCUAACGGGAUAACGUAAUUGUACGCGCAUGGUUUAGGCUUUUAGUUUUGUACCAAGAUUGUAAUCAAUUUAAGCUUUUUCUUCUUAUCCCGUUCUUUUGUUAGCAUUUGUAAAUUAACUUCAGAAUAGCCCUUUGGGAGAGUUAAGAAAAGUGAUUGUAUUGUAUUGCAUGAUAUAUCAGGAAUCAAGUUCAAACCAAACUCCUCUGCCCCGUUACACAGUGUCAUCCGCAGUUGUCUGUCUGCGAUAAUUUAUACACAGGGUUGAGAGGAUUGGGUGACACCCUAGACUGCAAAACAGUCCGCAUUUUUGCGUAUUGAAGUACGCGCGAGCAGUCAAACAAAAGGUCUGGAGCGAGGCUGAAAACAGAGAGCGAGACUGGGGAUAGAGUUUUUUUUUCUCUUGCCUCACACGCCCGUAGGGCGUGUGAGACUCUCGCGCUUCGCGGGCGUAAGACUCUUACGCCAAGCUUUACCGAUUUCUUUACUGAUUUUGAGAAAAAAAACCGACUGUUUUACAGUCUAGGUGACACCCCGUAUCCAUCUUAUAAGUUGAGUUGAUAUAUUUUCCUCCCUUUCAGGAACUGGAACACUAACAGUAACAAAUCCAAUAUGGGUUAUCAAGACUCGCCUCUGCCUUCAGUACACUGGUUCACCAGCUGCCGUUACUCAAGCACCGCAAUACAAAGGGAUGCUUGGUAAGAAAAAAGGAAACUUGGCCAACUUGACUUUCGCAAAAACUUAAGGGACUGUUACCAGGGACAGGGAAAACAUUGGCCAAUAGCUAACUGGCGCGUCCCCAGUAACGUUCCCAGAACCAAUUGCGGGACGCAUUUCGUCUCCAGUUCUCUGGUCGUUUCUAAAGUGGUGAAUGGGCAAACCGGUCGGUUCACGGGUUGGAUGAAUGGUUUGAAAAAUUCAGGCCUAGUAAAUUUCAUUCCGGAAUCGUGUUUACUAUUUGUUUUACAAAUCAGUUCCAUUUACCGAAAAACGGCCGUGAAGGCCUGAAACUACAGUCGACUCCCGAUAACUCGAACCUUCAACGGAAAUCGAAAAAAGUUCGAGUUAUCGGGAGAUCGAAGAAAAUAGCUGAGAGUAAUGUAAAAAAUAGUUUUUACUGCACAGUGAACAUUUUAAUCACAUAUAAUUGUAGAAACGUCAAGUGAAAAUUAAAAGAUACUUCUAGAUUAUAAAUCAGAACGUAACGUAACAAAACAUAGCCUAAAUGGAGCAUGCGUUUUACCGUUUUGAGAAGUAAAGCUGCUUCACGUUAGCCUGUGACAAUCAACAUCAGCCUCCAUUAGUAAACUUUACUCCUACAACACGUUAAUAGGAAAUCCAGAAUUCAAUGUUUCGGACGCCAGUAGACAGCUUUUUUCCCGACUUUUUAAGGGCUUAAAACAUGGUUCGAGUUUUCGAGGGUAAAAUUAUAUAGAAAAUGGCCUGAGGGGAAACGAAAAUUGGUUCGAGUUAGCGGGAGUUCGAGUUAUCGAUGGUUCGGGUUACCGAGGGUAAAAUUACAGUGAAAGUAUGACGGAAAUCCAGGGGAAAUCGAUUUUGGUUCGAGUUAGCGCGAGGUUCGAGUUAGCGAGGGUUCGAGUUAUCGGGAGUCGACUGUAGUAUCAAAGGUAAGUUUUAACAAAUGGAGCACGAAUCUCCGUUUGGAAUAUUUCGUCCGGAAAAACAGGACCACCUUUUUACAUGUUCCAUUACUCCCGGGAAUUUUCCAAUAAAGGGACACGGAGAGCCGUUUUCCAUUUACUUUUUGUAGUGGUAAAAUAACGAGUUCCUCCUAUUACAGUUAUUUGUCGGACACAAUGUCUGUGUGACCUUGAUUUAGAGAGCCGUAGAUCAUACAUGUAUUUGUGUUUAUUAAAAAAUCAUUUCCUAAUUCUUACUUUUUAGAUGCCCUUUUUAAACUUUGGAGACACGAGGGACUCCGAGGAUUAUACAAAGUAAGUUUGCCGUGCUAAGUAAUGUUGCUUGACGUAAACGGCGUCCUUAUUACGACAUUUACGCAAUCACGGUGGUUAGGGCAACGAGAACGUUUAGAAACAAUUACAGGUUUUAUGGUGGAAAAAGCAGCAACUCUGCACAGUUUCUUGAACAUUUCUUUGCCACCACCGCACGACUACGACGUGAAAAUUGCCUGAUUUCACGUUUUGUGGGGACCGUAAACGAGCGACGACGAAUUUUGUUUCGAGUUUCCUAUCUUAAAUUCAUGCGGUCGUCGUUGCUAAAGCUUCUGAUGUUUGGUUCUAGUUUUCCAAGCGUCGGAUAGCGCUAUCCACCAGAUAAAUCAUUACUCAGUAAAUGAGUGUGAGGAAAACUAAUUCCUCGAUCUAGUGGGUAAGGAUUUUUCCCGUGGAUAGCGUUACCAACCUUAGGAAAGAAACUGGGGUCUGGUGGAUAGCGUUAUCAACCUUAGGAAAAGAAACUGGGGUCUGGUGGAUAGCGUUACCAACCUUAGGAAAGAAACUGGGGCCUGGUGGAUAGCGUUAUCAACCUUUUGAGCAACUAGAGCCUGAUUCAGUGCAAAUGGUGCAAUUUACAAAAUUAGUCCACUUGAAAUGUUUUAUCGCGAUGAAUGUCAGCUACAUGUACACAGUGUUUUGUUCACUAGGGUUACGUCCCCGGACUGUUUGGUGUGUCACAUGGUGCUCUCCAGUUCAUGGCUUAUGAAGAACUUAAGAAAGGCUACAGCCAUUACUUUGGUACACCAAUCAAUAAAAAAUUGGUAAGUCAGUCGUAAGUGGUUGUUCACAUUAAUCAUAACUUAAGUUUCGUUCACGAGCAGGGAUGUACACAUGUCAGUACAGAAACUAUAAAUUUUCGUUAUCACAACAGGAUCUGAUUGUAUAAUUACCUAGCGUACUGUUUUUGCAUUCUCUGCUUGAGAGGGUAUUUCUUUUUGUUGUUACUCAUUUUAAGAAUGCGAAGAUCUAGCAGUUUGCCAGGAAAAGUGAUACCGACCUAAUAUAAGCUAUAUACUGUUAAAUUGCACGGCUUAGAUUGUUAAGGGUAUGGCUGUUGACCCCUUUUUUGCAGUGAAACAGAGUUAGCUUGUCCUUUCUGAAACAAGGCUCUUUAAUAUGGUAUGUUUCUUUCUGUCACUCGUCUCUUGAAAGCUGACGUAAGGCAGAGCAAAUCACGUAUUUUGGUCUGAGCGAGGGUUAGGCUUUCAGGAAGCAUGCUGCACACUCCCACCGUAAUUUUCAACCCUCCCCCCUCCCCCGCUGGACCAGUACCUUUGUUUUCCGUAAAAGCCGCAUCGUCACGAGAAAAAUUGUGGAGGUUCACUCGCUGAUGUAUAUGAUACAUGUAACCUUUGAACACCAAGAACAUGAUUUCGUAGAAAUUCAUUCUCCAACUACAGCUGUAAGGCACGAACACACCACAAUCAAUGAUUUCUAAUUGAUUUUCCUCAAAUAGCACUGCUAAAUUUUAAAACAUUAUUCCCCUCUUUACCGACCAGUCAACUUAAAAGAUCCCUAAAUAUUGACUAUGGCAUGCCUGGAUAGGCUACCAGCGGUCUCUCUCUGUCAGAAUUAAUGGAGCUGUUCACUUAUACUAACAGGUCAUUGAAUAAUAACAAAACUGUUAAAUCCCUUCUUCAAGUUGUGAGCAAACCACAGUCAGUGGUUUUUGAGCCCUGUCAAACUAAAAACAUCGGCCCAGCCUUUUGAAAUUCUCCUUCUAUCUCGACCUAUCUUUAGCUUAAGACACACCUGUUAGUGAAUUUUGUGUUUUUACGAGAAGGUGGGCUGACCCGCUUGCCGAGAUCUCGGCUCGAGCAACCGGGAUCUCGGCCUCGUCCUCUCCGAUGUAUUUAGCUUAACAGUUAGCUAACUGGGGGCAUUUUCCUACGUGCUGGCACACUAAUCUAUUGAAUGACUUUUAAAUUAAUGAUCUUAGCUAAAAUCUAAAACUAUAUACAAAUGUCCACGACUCAAAAUUUACACAGGUCACAGCAGUUACUGUUAUUAUCUAUAUUGCUCGAAAGGUUCACACCGCGUAUAUAUUUCUUGAAUGCUUUGAGCCCUCUCAAGUUUCUGAGGUCGCUACUGACCUUUGACCGAAUGAAAGGUCCUUCGUACACUGUAGCGUAGGGAAUACCUCCCAUAGCCCACUAUAUCAAAGCGGGGUAGUUCACAGUUUCUUAGGCUUUGGUGUUUACCUUUGAUCGUGAAUAACUCAGAUACACACCUGUGAGCCAUCCUGUAUUUUAUUUUAUACAUUAGUAUUGCAAUGGCUUGCAAACGCCUGUUAUAAGGCGUAGGCAGCUUGGCGCGAUUGACGAGUUCCUCGUACGCCUCAGUUUGAGAUUUAUAUACUGCGCGCAGCGCACGCUCUUGGAUGCGCUCGAUUUUUCUGCUAUCAGGUGAUUUGCAAAUUUUCCAUACUGAAUGAGAGUGAGUUAGUUGAGCACGUAUGGCGUCUUGUAUAACAUUAACUUCGCGUUACAAAGUAUUAAGUUUCGCAGACGUACAAGCAUUCCUACUUUCUGACUAGCUCUCAUACAUAACUCGCUAAUAUGACCCGCAAAGUUUAGAUUCUCGUCAAUGUAGACUCCUAGUAAUUUCAUUUGCUCUGUUUUCCUGAUGUCAUAAUUACCAAUGUUCAAAGUUUCAUCGUCAUUCUCUGCAUCGAUAUUCCUGGGAUUGACGGUUAAGGACUGGAACGUCUACGGAUUAGCAAGAUGAAAGUUAUUUUUAUAUCAAGACUACGCUAAAACAGACCCUUAGUAUGCAUUGUUUCCUCCUCCUUCUAGAGUUCAACAGAGUACUUGAUAAUGGCAUCAUUAUCAAAGAUCUUCGCUGCCACAGCCACGUAUCCGUAUCAAGUAGUCAGAUCAAGACUACAGGUAAACAGACAUCCUACUUUUUAUCUCUUAGUGUAAGGUUAUGCCCACAAGAUUAAUUCCAACAGGCACUUUUCAGCUAGUGAUUCACGUGGUACAAAACCGCCACGCAGGAGAGUAAGGGACACACUGAGACAAGACAAACAAAAGGCUCACUAGACUUUCUCAAACCCCGUUUCCUGUAUUUGCUUGUUUGGUGGUCAGUUGGCGCUCGCGUUGCGAUUUCUCUUUCGCUCGCUUCGCGCAGUGGACAUGUGGCAAGUCUAAAUGCUCACAUCAUUUAAAAUCGUAAUCCCCUUUGUUUCUGUUCUCCCGGUGCGAUUCUUGCUCUCCAGCAUUACGUUUUUUUUUUGUUUGUACCACGUGAAUGGCUAGCUGCAAAGGGCCUAUUAAGUUAUGAACGCAUACAAACUUACAGCUGUUUUUCCCUAGCGACGGAGUCUGGGUUGAAGUCGUAAGAGCAGUCGUUAAAACUCUUACAACCCAUCAAACCUCGGAGUCGUAAGCAGAGUCAAAAUCGCGAGGGAGUUGUAAUCAGGACGUUACCGUUUUGUUCCGACUCUACCUACUAUGACAGUAGCAUGCCCAGCCACCCUUUGUAUCCUGCUCUUCCCAAAACAAAAGAAAGCUCUGUACGCCUCCGAGUUCCAAGCAGCCAACUCCCUAGGGGUUACUACUCAGCGCUUUAAAAAUAGUUUCAUCAAUACGCUCUUUAUUAAAAACAACGUAGCAAUCUAAUGUUAAGUUGUGUUUUUUCUUUUUUUCUUUUUUUAACGCUUAUGUUAAUAUUGUAUACAGAAUUUAAAGUUUUGUACCCUUUUGGCUUUUUAAUUGAUUUUAAAUUUUGCAAAAUGUAAGUUUUAUAUUAGUUUAGCUGAAUCUAUUUUUGCUGAAACAAAUAAUAGAGACUAAAGACUUUUAAAAGACACCGUUGCUUACGAUCUAAUGCGAGAAACCAGAUUGUCCGAAGAUUUUCAAAUCUUUAAAAUGCGUUUUGAUUCACCUUGAAGCGGCUAGUUCUGGAGCAAGUGUCAAGAAAAAGUUCAUCCUAGUAAUUUUUUCAGUUCUUAAAGCUCCCUGUUGUUUUUAUACAGUUUGAAGCUGAUAUUCAUCAGAGCUCAUUUCCUUUAUCGCAAUGUUUUUUUGGUUUGUUUUGUAGAAUCAAUACACGAUGGCCGAAUACAAUGGAGCAGUGGACGUUAUCCGUAAAACAUUCAGGUGAGAUGAGGGACUCGCUUCGUCGAUUUUCUUUUUUGUUGAAAGGAGUUUUUGAAAGUGAAAUUUCCCAGCCCUCUAAGAUUUAUAUCUUAAACAGUCGCCUUCUGACGUUAGCUUUUUUGUCGACUUUCUAGAUACGAAGGAGUGAGGGGAUUUUAUAAAGGAUUGGUUCCUAAUGUUCUCAGGUAAGAUCUCCAACAAAAGAGCUCCUAGGUUUUAACCUGUCUGGAUUACAGUGGGUAAUUGGCAGGCCCUAGUUAUUCAAAAGGUAGAUAACGCUAUCCACUGCAUAAAGCACUAUCCAGCGGAUAACGCAGUUGGUAUCCAUAAUACGUAUCCACUGGAUAGUGAUUUAUCCGGUGGGUUGCGCUAUAGAACAUUUAAUCAACCGGGGCCAGAACUGUAAUGAAGAUGUCGCGGAUAAAAGGACAACAGCACUUAGCCUCUUUAACAGUAAGCUCGGUCUUCACACGUGAAAGAUCAGUGCAGUUAUUAACGCAACUGUGCGUGAAAAAGACAAACAAACAAACAAACAAACAAACAAACCCGAAAGGUAGCAUACGAAGACGUCACUGGCUGCCGCUAUUGGUCUAUUCAUCAGCUUACUGUUAUCCUCCCACCCCGUACUAUGUAUGAUUAGUGAAACAAAAGAGGCGGUAGACCACACCACCUAGGAAACAUUUCCUAUUCUUUUUCAAUAAUAGUGGCAGUUGGUUGUUUUACAACACUAUGCGAAAGUAAUGAUAUCAAACUUCUCCGAAAUUCGUCAAAAUUCACGAAUUUCGAGAUAAAAUAUCGUUAAAAUUUCGGUGGAUCUAUUGUCGGCGAAAUUUCGCGCAAUGAAACGAAAUGGGACGAAAAUUCGGCUUAAAACGAAAGUUCAGUACCGUUCGUCCACUUUUGAAGAACUAUUAAUGAGAGGAAGGAUGAAGGAAGUAAGGCUGAAGGCUUAGAAAUAAUGAUAAUAAUUUAAGAAUUUAUAACGCGCAGAUAUCUAUGAGGCUAUAAUCAAAUCCGCGAUAUUAUGAUUGCCUUUUCCGAUUUUUAACGCCACUUCCCGAUCGUCUGGUCUGGGAGAAGGUCUUAAACAGAUAGCAGAGUGGCAUUUUCUUUUGAUAAUGAACUCUGUGACCGGCCGGGAUUUAUACCCGCUCCUCCAACCUGCUUUAUUUGGCUGAAAUAAGGCUCAUACGAGAAACAGACAAACCAAACAACCCACAAAAAUAGACAUGGAAAGUUGAAAUGAUAAUAGAAAAUGAUAACUGUAGUUUGACCUGGUUAUAAUGGUCACCCUCGACCGGUAUUUAAGAGACUUGCCGCCUAAUGAAGGUGGUCGCUUAAUAAAAGAUCACAAAAAUUACCCACUGGGUGUGGCCGUCGAAACGCAACUAAUUGAUAGUCUUCAUAGAAGAGCACUUCAUUCAAUUCUUCAUUCUAUCAAACUAUAAAGCAAUCAACGUCCUUUCAGGCGAACUAUACCAGGGCGACCCUGAUCUGUAUUGAUCUUUCACUUUCUAUUCUGUCAACAAAGUUGCUAACUUGUAGCCGUAACGGGGAAAUAAACUCACCGUUAUGAUAAAGCACUAUCCGUUAUUCUGUCGCCCAACCAGACAGUGUUUGCGAGCCCUGACGCUCACAGCCAAAUGUCUCAUUCCUUCAUUAUUUUCUUACAUUUACGGGUGGCCGCUAGUUAACACAGGCAAAAAUAACAAGAAAGGCAAAACAUGGGUUGCAAAGGGGUGGCUGAGGUCGCUUAAUAAAGGUGACCACUUGUUAAAGAUGACGAUUACAAUGUUUGUACUGUAUGUAGGGAAGUUGGGAGCUUUGAAAACAGCUCCCUAAUACAGUUAAAACGAACAACUAGACGAAACGUAUAGGAAAGGCACAUGAAAAAACAUACAAACAUAGUAAAAGGCACGAGACAAACGUUGUUUGUGAUUACGUUUGUUUGUUUUUGUUUUUACAGAGUGACUCCAGCGUGUGCUCUGACAUUCGUGGUAUACGAAAACGUCAUCCAUUUUCUUAUGCCGUCCAGCUAACUUAAAUAGACCAAUGACUGAUAUAUUCUGCCUCUUGACACGUCUGUUACCCGUUUACACUCUCAUCAAUAUUUUUUAAGGUGGAACUGGGUUUCCUUUGUUUACAUUGAAAGAAUUUCAAACGUGUGGCGUUUCUUCAGCAACAGACGUAGCAUAGCUUGAUACAUGUAUAUUAGAGAAUAUAACGACCAAGCCGAGGCUACUCCAGUUCUGUACCGCCCUCCCAUCCCCCAACGAGCUGCGCGAGGUCCUGCCAAACACGUAUUUCUAGUUCUUCUCCUCUAACGCCUGCAUGCCGUGGCGAACAUGCGGGCACACGCCCUUACAAAACAGAAGAUCGAUAUAUAUGUUGGAAGUUUUAUAGUAAUAUAGCAAACUAAGGACUCUUCCACACCAGUUCGCUAUAAUGAUAAAACCUUAGCUUUCCUUAACUUUCGCUGGCAAAAACCCAUCAAGAGUUCUGUGUCUAUAAUAGCCUUUUAAGGCAUUCUUGGACCUGCAUUCCGUUUGCGAAAAGAGGGGGGAAGGAGAGCUUGCACUGACGUCUCAUAAAUUUGAAUUCCGCCCCAAGAACCCCCCAUGGCCCCUCUGUUGUUGAGAUGUCAAAAACUGACCAAUCAGAUCUACCCCUUUUCCCUCUCCCACCCUCUCACCCCCCGGGAGAGCUUGCUCGCGGGCUUUCCUGCACACAAAGCGUUCGUCUGUCCCCUCUGUAAAGGUGUCACAGGCUCUGACGUCAGCGUUUUUGGGAACCCUCUUAUUUGCCCGUCCACACUAAAACGAUUACCUUUUUUUUUUUUAAAAAGGGUCCUUUUUCGAUAGCGUUUUCCUAAACCUGUGAACGCAAGGCCAAAACGGGUAAAAAUAUCUACCUUGUCAAACGAAAACGCAUUAAAGUGGAACCUCGAUUUAACGAAGGGUCAAGGGACUGACAAAAUUUGUUCGUUAUAACGAGGUUUCGUUAUUUUUCAUUAGUAUUCUACUAUUAUUGGGGGUAAAGAUAACCGUUUGUUAUCUCGGGGACUUCGUUUUGUAGUAGUUCGUUAAAUUGAGGUUCCACUGUAUUAUGCAUAGGGUC